GCUGCCCCUGGGCGCCCCGCCUGCUGCCCCCGGGCUGCUCUUAAAGGCGCUGGUCUCUGCUCUUGGGGCAAGAAGCCGUGAGCUGGGUUUCUCAGGAAGCGUCUGAACAGUUUCGGUAGACCCAGGUUAACAAAAUCUGAAAAUACUGCAUUACAGGGCUUUUCACUCCUUGAUGCUAAAUGCUACUUUAAAGGAACGUUCGGUGAGGAUUUCCAGGAGAAAAAAGAAAGACGACAACAUUUUGGAGAUCCCAUCAAUUCCAAAUCCUUUCCCCGAGCUGUGUUGCUCUCCAUUUGCAUCAGUUUUGUCAGCCAGUCUGUUGCCCAAGGCAACUUCAAGAAAAAAGCAGCUUUUUUAUUUAUUGCAGGUAAUUAAAGUGUAUAGUGAAGAUGAUAGUAGCAGAGCUUUGGAAGUACCAAGUGAUAUAACAGCCAGGGAUGUAUGUCAGCUGUUGAUACUGAAGAACCACUAUAUUGAUGACCACAGCUGGACUCUGUUUGAACAACUUACCCACACAGGUUUAGGAAGAGCUAUAGAGGAUCACGAAUUAGUGAUGGAAGUCCAGUCAAACUGGGCAAUGGAAGAGGAAAACAAACUGUAUUUUAGAAAAAACUAUGCCAAGUAUGAGUUUUUUAAAAGUCCACUGAGCUUUUUUCCAGAUCAUAUGAUAUCUUUUCCAAGUGAGACCAAUGCAGCUGUAAGCCACUCUGGGAUAUUGCAGAUGUUCCUAAGCUCCAGCACGUAUCCUGAGAUUCAUGGUUAUUUGCAUGCAAAGGAGCAGGGAAAAAAAUCGUGGAAAAAAUUGUACUUUAUUUUGAGAAGAUCUGGCCUUUAUUUUUCCACUAAAGGUACAUCUAAGGAGCCAAGGCAUCUGCAGUUUUUCUGUGAAUUCAGCAAUAGUGAUAUGUACAUGUCUCUGACAGGCAAAAAGAUUUCUGGAGCACCGACAAACUAUGGAUUCAGCUUUAAGCCUAACAAAUCAGGAGGAACCAGAGACCUGAAACAGCUCUGUGCAGAUGAUGAGCAAAGUAGGACCUGUUGGAUGACAGCAAUUAGGUUGCUUAAGUAUGGGAUGCAGCUGUAUCAGAAUUACAUGCAACCAUAUCAAGGUAGAAGUGGCUGCAGCCCUUUGAAUGUAACACCUAUGAGAAGCAUUUCAGAAAAUUCUUUAGUAGCAAUGGAUUUCUCAGGAAACAGAAGCAGAAUUAUAGAAAAUCCAACAGAAGUCCUUUCAGUUGCAGUUGAAGAAGGAUUAGCAUGGCGGAGGAGAGGGUGUCUACGACUCAACUCACAUGGUAGUCCUAUUGCAAUAUCUAACAUGGCUAUACACAGAUCUCAGUCAUGGUUUCAUCAUAAAAUCUCUAGAGAAGAGGCUCAGAGACUUAUUUUGCAGCAUGGACUUGUAGAUGGGGUAUUCCUGGUACGUGAUAGCCAAAGUAACCCCAAAACAUUUGUAUUGUCACUGAGUCAUGGAUUAAAAAUAAAGCAUUUUCAAAUUGUACCAUUGGAAGAUGACGGGAAGCUAUUCUAUACCCUUGAUGAUGGUCAUACCAGAUUUACUGAUCUCAUCCAGCUAGUGGAAUUCUACCAACUUAAUAAAGGAGUAUUGCCUUGCAAGUUAAAACACUAUUGCGCACGAAUUGCUCUUUAACCAAAGCAUCUGUUGUUUCAUCAGAGGGAAGAGAAGAUGUUAGAAUACUUUUUCCCCUAAAGGCAAUUUGUGUAGUAAGAAGGGAAAUAACAAUACAUUGUAAAGAUUUUAUGUUUAGGCUGAAAAAAUAUAAUUAUAUUCUAUAUAGAUAAGAACUUUGCUUUGUGAUUGUCACAGCAAAAUUAACUCUAUGGUUUUAAAAAACCUUUCCUAUGUAAUUCUUUAGUGUUGUCUUGGACUUCUUUGGUUUCUUUUCUUUCAACUUAAAACAAUUUAGAAAAAAUACUGUGUAACUUCUACAAAAAUAUAACUGAGGGAAAGAUCUUUGUUCUUAGGUUUAAAAUUAACUUUUUGUCCCUUCAAAUGUUUCUCAUAAUUUCUAUGAAUCACAUAGAAGGAUAACUAUAACUGUGGUGAGGAUAAGAAGCUGAACUGCAUAUUUUAUUUGUAAAUAAAAUGAGUAAAUAUUUUGCACUAUAUUUUUGAAUGCUACUUUGAGGAUUAUCACAUACAAAAAGUGAAAAAUCCAUUAAAACUACUUAUCACUGAU